AAUGCAUCUGUAGAAUGGACGAGGAAUGAUUCUUGAUCCAUCAUCCUUUGUCCCAUCUCUCCCUUUUCAUCUCCCUCUCUCUUGGCCAGCGUGCGGAAGUAUUCUCUUCUCACCCAUCAAUUGUGCCACCCUCUUCCUCGCUGGCCUGUCUUUUUGUGCGUGCCCAAUGGCCCGCCAUAGGGCACCGAGCGAUAUCGAGCGAGCAACGCUCAAGAAGUCCACCGUCAGCACGGCUCCACCAUGGGCACUGAACGAGUCGCUUUCUUGGAGUGGGCUACUUGAGGAACAAUACGAGGUCCGCGCUAAUCACACUAAGAGCGGCUCGUCUUCAACAAGCCUGGCAGAAUCUCACUCAACCAGGGCUCCAUCAAAGGCAUCUUUACCACGCUCGCCUAGUCCAACAGGAUCUACAGCUGCAUCUUCAUGGUCCGUCUUUGCGACCAUGAGCAAUACAUCAACAGUAUCCGAACGACUUUUAGCCAAAAGUAGCAGCGCAUCUGGUAGACCCACCAACCUGGAAACGACCAACCCUGCAGCAGAACCCUUGUUAAGCGACGUCAACCACUCCCACCAUCCGCGGUAUCCGCAGAAGCUACAGGACAUCUUCAGGACCAACAAGGUCGAUGCAAAUCAUAGCCCCUGCACUUGUAAUUGCCCUCACCACGAAUCUCCGGCCCAUUUCCGGCUCAGCAGAAAUGGGAUGUCGGUGCGGUCCAAGAAGAGGAGCCAAAAAUAUUCGCUGGAGUUAGCUCGAGGAUAUCCGACGGGUCAAUGCAUUUCUUCGCGGGAUCUUCCCCCAGUUACAAUGUGGGAUGAGAGGGACGACGACGACUUGCUUCUACAGGCACGCCGACAAAGCGUCGGCACCAAUACUGCUAUCAACAUUGAGGCCGUGAAGAUGUUUCUCAACUCUCCACUCUUCUCCAACAUCCUCAAGUCUCUUACCGUUAUGGCUGCAGUCUCUCUAUUUGUCAUUGCGCUCGAUGCUACUGUCAUCCUUCAUCGGGACCUGACGCCAGAACAAAUUGCGACUCCUCUCUCCAACGCCAAUGCCUCCCUCAUCAUCACCAUCAUUCUCUCGAUCCUCACCGUGGCCUACUCUUGCUUCACCAUCUUUUUGGAAUCGAGGAGACCGCCCGAGGGACUGGAUACGUCCAAUUCCAAACCGCUGAUCGUCAUCUUUUCAGAGAUCGUUGCCUCAAUCAUCUGGGCUCAGGUCUUGAGCGUGACGAUAUACGUUUACACCUGGACGUUCGGAUGUACGACCGCAGGAAAAACGCAGUUGAGUUGGCUGUGGAACCAGGAGGGCGUAUCCUUGGCAGACCACGACCACAUUGUGGGUCGAUUGUGUCGGCGAGAGGGGGCAAUGGUAGGACUUGAGCUGCUGCUGGUCAUGUUGUUGAUCUUCAACUUUUAUACCCAUCUGGCGCAGAACUUCCGAUUCAUCCGCGCAGUUUCAUGAUAAUAGUAAUAUUAAUAAAAAAUAAAAAA